GGCUGCUAGCCCUCACUUGUUGACAUUCACUUUUUUAUUCCAUUUCUUCCCUCCUUCCCUUCCUUCCUUCCUUUGCAUCAUCAUCAUCAACCCAAUACACCAAGUGACCAUUCCAUUCCAUUCCAUUCCUUCUCCCCAAGCUACCACCACCAUCUUCUCCUUCUUCUUCCUCUCCUCUCCUCUUCUUGAUCUCUCUCUCGCCAUAGCCAACCUUUUCCUUGCCACUCUUGCACACUCCACCUCCUAUUCCCUUCCUCUCUUCUUGUUGCCUUCUUGGAGGAAGAAGGCCGGCGCGCGCGCGCCAUGGGCGUCCAGGAGGAGGCCGCGCUCGCCGCCGCCGUCGUCAAGGGCAAGCGGAGCAAGCGCCAGCGGGCGCACGCGGCGGUGGUCCCGAUCGCCGCGUCGGCGACGGCGGAGGAGGAGGAGUCCAUGGAGUCGUCGCUGUCGCUGUCGGGCGGCGCCGCGGCGGAGGGGUCGUCGACGACGUCGCCGUUGUUGACGACGACGGCCGCACGGGGCGACGAGGCCGUGUCCGGGUGCGUCACCGAGGAGGAGGAGGACAUGGCGCUCUGCCUCAUGCUGCUCGCCAGCGGCGGCCACGGCGAGCGCGCGCCGGACGCCGAGGCGGUGGCGGCGAAGGAGGCCAAGUUCCGGAGCCGGCGGCCGGCGGACGGCGCCGGCGCCGGGGAGUUCGUGUACGAGUGCAAGACGUGCAGCAAGUGCUUCCCGUCGUUCCAGGCGCUCGGCGGCCACCGCACCAGCCACAAGAAGCCUCGCCUGGUCGCGCCGCCGGCGGCCAUGGAACCGGCAGCCGAUGACAAGAUCAAGCCGACCAUCCCGGAGACAGCCGCCGCCGCCGCCGAGGAGAAGCCGCCCAAGCCAUCGCCGCCACGACCACCGGCCUCGAGGCCGAUCGCCACCGAUCCAACAGUGCUCGCGAUCCCGGUGAUCCCGAAGCAAGAAGUGCUCGACGCCACCAACUCCGCCGCCAUUGCCAGCGUCUCCAAGCAGCCACGUGUCCACGAGUGCUCCAUCUGCGGCGCCGAGUUCGCCUCCGGCCAGGCGCUCGGCGGCCACAUGCGGCGGCACCGCCCGCUCAUACCGGCGUCGGCGUCGUCCGCGGUGGUGUCCGUGCUCGACGCCGUCGACGCGCCGAGGCAGAAGGAGAAGAGCCUCCUCGAGCUGGAUCUCAACAUGCCGGCGCCCUGCGACGACGCGACCGCCGAGACGACGACGACGUCGUCCGCCGCCACCUCGCCGGCGUUCGCCUUCGCCGUCAGCGACAGGUCGCCGCUGCUGGUGCCGGCGGCGCUGGUCGGCUGCCAUUACUAGCAGCACAAGCGACAGAGAGUAAUUAAACACAAAAUUCAAUUCAAAUUAGAUAUAAUUCUCUGUUAUUUCUCAUUGCUUACACACUUCACACACACACACACACAUACAUACUCUCUCUUGUGAUCUAAAUAUUUUUCUUCUUUUUCUUCUUCUUCUUCUUUUGCCAUUCUAAUUCCAUUUGAAUUUGUUCAAAAGAUUGGGGAAUUUGGAAAGGGUGAUGUGAAUUACAGCUACAGAUGCUUGAAGUUUGACCUUUUGUGUGAUUAAUUCUAUUGAUUCAUUCAUUCACAGCUAAUUAACCA